GCAUCGCACCAUGGGAGCGGAGUAUCUAGACGCAGGGGAACGAGCGGAAGCAGCAGUCGAAGUUUCUGUGGAUGAGCGUCUGUCAGCAGAGCCAGCCGCUGAGGGGCGCACGCCAAUGACUCUGGAGCAGUACCGUGCUUGGAAGGCAAGGAAGGAUCAAGAGGAAACGGCAAGGAAGGAGGAGGCUUCAAGGAAACGAGCGGAGGACAUAGCGGCAGGGCGAGUGCCCAUGAAUGGGAGAGAGCUGUUCAUCCACGAACCCUGGCGUGGGAGCAUGGAGUUCCCGAGGGAAGACUUUGAGCGAGUCAUGUUCUUCGAGCAGACGAGGGAGCAGGCCAUGGCCGAGUUCAAGAAGAACCCACAUGACGCCGAUAAUCUGACCAAGCUUGGCCGAACGCUGGUGGAGCUGGCGCAGUUCAUUCAGGGUCAGGAGUCGAACGAGAUGCUGGAUGAUGCUGUCUCGAAAUUUGAUGAAGCUCUCAAGAUCGCCCCAUCUCGCCCCGACACGCUGUGGUGGCUUGGGAACGCGCACACCACCAGGGGAUUCCAGACGCCUGAUGCCACCCUGGCGAACGUCAGCUUUGAAAAGGCCUCCGACUGCUUCAGGAAGGCGCUGGACGCGGACCCAAGCAACGACGCCUACCGCAAGUCACUGGAGAUCUCACUGAAGGGCCCUGAACUGCAUCAAGAGGUGCAGAAGCAGAUGGCUCUGCAGCAGGCACUGGGAGCUGCUGUGCAUCCAUCGUCCAUGGAUGCUCCCAAGGUCCAGAAGAAGAAGAGCAGCGAUCUGUGGUAUGAUGUGGCAGGGUGG